AUGACUGACUUCUCCAGUGGCUACCUUCCUCUGAUCCUCUACCUCGGCUACACCCGCAGCGAGCCUCGACCCUCAGUCAUCCGCCUCCUCUCCCCUCUCUCCUAA